CAAGUGUUCGUUUGGCUGGUAAGUGUAUAGGAUCUAUCUCUGUUUGAAUCUCUAAAUAAUGCUAGGUCUGCUUUGCGGGUACAAUUUCCCCGAGGUCCCCAAAACUGUAAAACUCCACACCAACCCAUCUCCCCCUCCACCUCCACCUCCAGGGACAACACAGUGGGAUAGAUGCACGAUGAGACUGACCUGCGGACAGCGAAAGGACCCUGCUGCCGGCCAGGGCUAAUAAUUCGCGGCAAGUCCUGCAGGCCUGCCAGUUGCAGUCGACGCCCAACCCCACACCGUAGGCGACUUGACUGCAACAACGACGACCCCAUACCGUAUCCCCGAGGAUCUAUAUAAAUAUCUCGAGCUAGAUAUCGACAUGUACAUGUACAGACACUAGACUGGGCUGCUAUUGAGCAACAGCACGGUCGGUCGCACGAAAGCCAAAAAUAGCGAAUCCCUGUGCCAUCAAUACAGACACCCCUCCCUCGCUAUUCCGAUCCUGAGUCUUCACCUCCUUUCCCCAUACAUUACAUAUACAUACAUACCAUCAACCACCGCCAUCAUAAAACCACCACAAAAUAAAACCUCCUGCAAUGGCCUCCCAUCCCCAAGACAGAACCCAAUCCCUCUCCCUCCGCUCCCUCAAGAAAUUCUGGUCCCACCACGCCGCCCAACUCCACUGGCACAAGCCCCCCUCUGCCAGCCUGCGCCGAGGCACAAAGACACUCCCCGCCAGCGGCAUCAGCCACGAGCACUGGUCCUGGUUCCCCGACGGCGAGAUCUCCACCACCUACAACUGCGUCGACAGACAUGUACUCAGCGGGCAUGGAGACAAUGUGGCCAUCAUCUACGAGUCGCCCGUGACGGGUGUGAAAGGUCGGUAUACGUAUGCGCAGCUGCUGGACGAGGUCGAGGUGUUGGCUGGCGUGUUGAGGGAGGAGGGGGUUAGGAGGGGGGAUGUUGUGUUGAUUUAUAUGCCCAUGGUUCCAGCUGCCCUCUUCGCGGCGCUCGCCAUAACACGGCUCGGCGCCGUCCACGCCGCCGUCUUUGGCGGAUUCGCUGCAACAUCGCUAGCCCAGCGCAUCGAGGCGUCCAAGCCACGGGCAAUCAUGACCGCUUCGUGCGGCAUCGAGGGAAGCAAAGGCGUUGUGAAUUACAGGCCCCUGGUCGAAGGGGCAAUAGCCAAGAGCUCAUGGAAGCCGCAGAAGGUCAUUGUCUGGCAGCGGGACCAGCUGCGGUGGAAACCCAUGUUGAAAUUGGAGGGCCAACGGAAUUGGCAGCGCAUUGUGAAGAGUGGGCGGGGGAGGAAUAUUAGAGCUGCGCCUGUUCCUGUCAAAAGUAAUGAGGCAUUGUAUAUUAUUUAUACUAGUGGGACAACUGGUCUCCCGAAAGGCGUCAUCCGGGAAGCGGGCGGCCACGCUGUUGGCCUUAACCUUUCUAUAAAAUACCUCUUCGACAUCAAGGGCCCGGGAGACGUCAUGUUCUGCGCCUCAGAUAUCGGCUGGGUAGUCGGGCACUCAUACAUUCUCUACGCCCCACUUCUCGCCGGCGCAACUACAGUACUCUACGAGGGCAAGCCCGUCGGCACACCUGACGCAGGCAGCUUCUGGCGCAUAAUAGAAGAACACAGGGUAAACGCCUUCUUCACCGCGCCCACCGCCCUCCGCGCAAUCCGUAAAGAAGACCCAGAGGGCCGUUAUUUCGAACUGGUCGGGAAACGCGGCGGCUUGAAGCACCUGCGCGGCCUGUUCCUUGCCGGCGAACGGAGCGAACCCACCCUCAUCCGCGCCUAUCAGAAUCUGCUCGACAAGUACGCCGCCCCCGGCGCAAUGGUGAUUGAUAACUGGUGGUCGUCGGAGUCCGGUUCGCCAAUGACCGGGCUCGCGCUGCGCAGUGCCAUCGGUCUAGAUCAGGGCAGCAGGGAGGAGACGCAUAAGCCGUUCCCCGUCAAAGCCGGGUCGGCCGGCAAGCCGAUGCCGGGCUUCGAUGUGCGCAUCGUCGAUGACGAAGGGGAUGAGGUGCCGAAUGGCACGAUGGGGAAUAUCGUGUUGGCGAUGCCAUUGGCGCCGACUGCGUUUACGACGCUGUUUAAUGAUGACGAGCGGUUUUAUAAGGGGUAUUUGAAGCGGUUUGCGGGGCGGUGGGUGGAUACGGGGGAUACGGGGAUGGUGGAUGAUGAGGGGUAUGUGCAUGUGAUGGCGAGGAGUGAUGAUAUUAUUAACGUUGCAGCGCAUCGGUUUAGUACUGGUGCAAUCGAACAAGCCAUCCUCUCCCACCCAGACAUCGCAGAAGCAAGCGUCGUCGGCAUCCCUGACCCUGUAAAGGGCCAUCUCCCCUUCGCCUUUGUCCAACUCCGCAAAACCUCCGCCUCCUCAAAUUCAAACUCAAACUCACCAAUCCCGGCCACCCCACCACCCGCCCUCUUCACGUCCGUCAACAACCUCGUCCGCGGCCAGAUCGGCGCCAUCGCGUCGCUAGGCGGCAUGAUCCAGAGCGGCGGGGAGGGCAAGGGGAUGAUUCCGAAGACGCGGAGCGGGAAGACGCUGCGGCGGGUGCUGAGGGAGCUUGUGGAGAAUGCGGUUGAGAAGGGGGAUUUUGAGCGGGCGGUUAAUGUGCCUGCGACGGUGGAGGAUGUGGAGGUUAUAGAGGUGGCGAGGGGGAGGGUUCGGGAGUAUUUUGUGGAGAGGGAGAAGAGGGAGAUGGAGAAGAAGGAGAGGGUGGGGUGGGCGAAGUUGUGAAGUGCUUUUAAUGUAGUAAGAUAUAUGUAUGGUAGGGUGGGGGACGGAUGGGUUGGUUUUUACUUCAUUUGAUUAGCUUUGUUUGUUCUAUUUGUCUUUCUCACAUUUUGGCGUAAAAACCAAACUAGAGGAGCAUCAUAAGGUAGAUUCAUCUCUCUACCCCCCUUCACUCACUCUUUGAAAAAAAAAAAAAAAAAAAAAAAAAAGCUAGAUACAGAUCAAAUCAUAUACCUAAAUCCCUUCUGCAAAACCCUCGCCUCCUCAAGCCCCACCCCCUCCGCCUCCGCCGUCCGCCUCAACUGAGCAAUCUCCCUCUCCCCAAGCGGCACAUCCACCGCCUCCAGCCUCUCCAGCUGCUGAUUCUGCCUGGUCAAAUACCAGCGCAGCAGCAGCGCCAUCGCCGCCGCCAGCACCUGCAGCGCAAUGCACACGCCCAGCGCGAGGCGGAAGUACGGCUCGUCCUGAUCGCGGUACGUGUACGGCGUCCAUAUGCUAGCCGAGUUGCCGACGGAGUUGAUGAAGGCGUAGGCGGCGGCGCGCUUGGCGGGCGGGCGUGGGAUGGCGGAUGCGAUCCACGAGUAGCAGGUGCCGUUCAUAGCGAAGACGAACAUCAUCAGGAAGAAGGAGAGGUAGCGCGGGCCGAAGGCGGCGUUGUCGGUUGUCAUGAAGAUUAUGAAGCCGAUGAUGGUGAUGGGGAUCGGGUAGGUGAAGAACCAGAAGCGGUUGCCGAGGCGGUCGGAGAGGUGCGAGUGGGCGAGGCUGUAGGCGACAAUGAAGAUGUAGGGGGGUGCGACGAGGAGGAGGGAGAUGGUGUCGUCGUAGCCUAGCGUUCGGGUCAGGGUGGGGAAGUAGUUUUGGAAGCCCGAGGCGCCGGUGAUGGACAUGUAGGCUAUGGCGAGCAUGUAUGUUUUGGGGUCUGCGAAGGCGAGUUUUAGCCCGGUGAGCUGGCUCAUGCCGCGCCCGCCGAUGUCGACGUCGGCCUCUGAGGCUUCGAUGGCGAGGCGGCGGUUGGCGACGUGUUUGAGUUCCGGCGCGAGGAUUUUCCAGGUAUCUGGGAAGUCUGGGAGGAUGAAGCAGAUGAUAAUACCGAUGAAGCAGGUUAUGGCUCCCUCGAUAAUGUAGAGCCAUUUCCAGGGGGCGAGGCCGCGGGCACCGUUCAGUCCCUUGAGGAUACCUGCGGCGAUGAGGUUGCCGAAAGCGCCGGAGAUGAGGGAGCCGGAGUAGAAGAUGGACAUGCGCAGGGCGAGUUCUUUUCUUGUGUACCAUUUUGAGAGGUAGAAGAGGACGCCGGCGAAGAAGGGGGCUUCUGUUUUUAUUCAGUUGCCUUGGCAUUGGAAACUCCCUUUUUCUUUUUUAAUGCAGAAAAUGGAAUAGAGGAAACACACCAACUAAACCAAGAAGAAACCGGCAAGCGACAAUCUGGCCGUAGUUCGUGACCAGAGCAGUCAGGGCCGAGACAAGGCCCCAUGUGGUGGUGAAGAAACCCAGGUACAGCGAUGGGCGGCCAACAUAGUUUAGCAGCAAGUUGGAGGGAACCUGCAUGAGGAUAUAUGCCACAAAAAGAAUGGAGAGACCAGUCUGGUACUGGGAUGGGGUGAGUUUGAGAUCGGCUUCCAGGCCUUGGAGACGGGCUGCCGCAUAGUUGUUGCUAAAAUUCUCAAGUUAGCUUUGAAAAAGUGGGAUAGAUAUGCUCAUGGUAUAUAUAAAUAGAUAGAAGAAAAGAGAAAAUACAAACCGAUCGAUAUAGUUCAUCAGAUACACGAUGAUGACAAUGGGCAUAAUCA